CUUUCCCAUGCAAAAGAAAAAAAAAGCUAUAAGCUGCUUGUGAAUCGAUAAAACAAGACGAGAGGUUUUAACAUGGCUCUACUUGUAGGAGUACUGACCUUAGUUGUCCUUGUGUUGGCGUCUUCUUCCCCGGCCAUUGCUCUGAGCUCGAAUUACUACGAGAAAACCUGCCCUGAUGUCGAGUCGAUAGUUGCAAAAGCUGUCCAGAGCGCCACCAUGAAGGAUAAAACGGUCCCUGCUGCCCUUCUUCGAAUGCAUUUUCAUGAUUGUUUUAUAAGGGGUUGUGAUGCUUCUGUGCUGUUGUACUCGAAAGGAAACAAUAAAGCGGAAAAAGAUGGACCUGCAAAUCUUUCUUUGCAUGGAUUUUAUGUUAUUGAGAAUGCAAAGAAAGAAGUUGAAGCACAGUGUCCUGGUGUAGUUUCAUGUGCAGAUAUUUUGGCUUUUGCUGCAAGAGAUGCCGUUGUGCUAUCUGGAGGUCCUACAUGGGAUGUGCCUAAGGGAAGAAAAGACGGGAGAACGUCAAAGGCUAGCGAAACCAUACAAUUGCCAGCUCCAACCUUCGACAUAUCUCAACUGCAACAAAGCUUUUCUCAGCGAGGCUUAUCCAUGGAUGACCUCGUAGCUCUUUCAGGAGGCCACACUAUUGGAUUUUCCCACUGUUCGUCGUUCCAGAACAGAAUCCGCAACUUCAACGCAACGCAUGACAUAGAUCCUACAAUGCACCCCUCGUUCGCAGCAAGCUUAAGGAGUGUUUGCUCAAUCAAAAACAAGGCGAAGAAUGCAGGAGCAACUAUGGAUCCGUCCUCGACAACUUUUGAUAACACCUACUUCAAGCUGAUCCUUCAGGGCAGAACCUUGUUCUCUUCCGACCAAGCCCUGCUCACAAAUCCGAAAACCAAAGGUUUGGUAUACAAGUUUGCCAGCUCAAAACAAAGUUUUGAGAAUGCUUUUGUAAACUCUAUGAUCAAAAUGAGCAGCCUUAAUGGAGGACAAGAGAUUAGGAAAGAUUGUAGGGUUGUAAACUAAGGAUUUCAUAGCUUAGUUCAUAGAUGAACUGCUACCUUUCCUCCAUUCAUCGUAGUCGACUAGCUAAGUAAAUGUCAAGAAGAAUCUAUACCAGAAGAAGCACAGCUACACUACUGUAAUAAAUUGAGGUUUUAUGGAUAUCUUAAGAAACUAGCUUUAGGUAUCAAUGGCCCUGUUUAUGCUCGGGCUUAUCUUUUUGUGAAAGCAACA